UUGGUAACGUUUCGAUGUAAAGUAUAGUACAAUUGAGAUAAUCGCUCUUUAAAACAAGCCUACCGCCAUACAAUUGUUGUAAUCUUGAUCUUUUUUCAUCGGAACUCACAGAACAGUGUGGUGCACUUAGUUAAGCAGCAUUAAUACAGUCCUCUACUAGAUAACGAGAUUUUAGAUCGUUACCAGCGCAGGGAUGAAAUGGCGAGUGUUAAUCUUUCUGGCUACAGGCCUAGCCAUGAUAUACUUUGUGAGUCUAUUGCAAGACGAGCCAUACCCUCAUCCACUUGUCAUUCAAGCUUUUAUACCCAUACAAUCGCGACUGAAUGAACCUUCCGAGGUCAUUCUCUCUAGUAUAACAGCGCAGAAUAGAAAUAUCGACAACUACAUAUAUCGUACGCUUAUACACUAUGAAGCCGUGCUAGACUCGAAUAGGGGCUUUGUUCACGGCGUUGAAUCCUUCAAGUUGAAUGUCAAUGGUUUAGUCAUUCAAGCAAGGAAAAAGAAAAAUGAAUUCAUCAAAGCAGUACCUGAAGAAGAUUGGGAAAUAUGUUUCAAACAUAUCUUAAGCGGACCUAUUACGAAAGUUGUUAAAGCACCUGAAGAUAGUCCAACAGUUCAGUUUGCAGUACUUUAUCACACCGUGGAAAACGAUACAAUUCGACACUAUAUAAGAGUAUAUUACAUACUGCCAUCGACAUCAGUAUCUAACCCUAUUGCCAAUAACAGCGAUGAUACCACAAAAACAUAUCAUUACAAGGAUAUACUACUACCUGGAAACACAGACAUCAACGCUAUAUCACUGGAGCAAGAUUCAAUCUUGUUUUCGCGAGAGCCAGAUAUGUACAAAUUCAGAGUCAUUCCGUUACCAGCAGACAUCAUUACAUCACCGCCGCACUCGGAGAGGGCCAAUGUCAUUCCUCUAACGUCAAUUAUAACCGAAAAGAAAGGAGAUGUUGUGCGAGAGUACCAUCAACCGAGAGGAACACGCUCUCACGUUAAUGUCUUAUGUAAACUCUAUUCAUCCAACCCAGAUACCUACAGAGUUUUCACUUUGGACAUUCAUAAAACGAAACAUUUCUACCAUACAAAUGUAUCUAUCGUGGAUAGUACUUCUUCAAUCAACAAAGAUAGCCAUACUGAUCAUAUUGGGUGGAUUCCUAGGGACCAUCUGUAUUCCAAGGAUGGUACAGUUAUUCAUGAACAGCUCCAGUAUAUGGCUUUUGUCGACGGGGCACAUUUUCAACAAGAACAUCGUAUCAUCCAAAUGCCGAAUCCUUCUGUGUCCCGAUCCAGAGACUCCAAGACCAUUGUUGUUUCUCUAUUACGGAAUGAUUUUCAGACUCUCGAUUUUACCGAUAAUGUAGAAUACAUAAAAACGGACCCACAGGAAAGUAGAUAUCUUUAUAAAGAUAUUACGAUUCAUCAACAUCAACAAGAGCUACCUGACAACGAGUUUAACAUACUGAAUGAAUUUUAUCAUACUAUGCAAGUGGCUGAUACUACCAAUAUGCAUGAUGACAAUACCGAUAUAAAGGGUCUUCAAUUGAAUGAUGAAGGCACGAUAUUGGCAGUUUGGACAGAGACCAAUUCUGUUUAUAUUUACAAGCGAGGAGAAGGUGAAGAAUCUACUAUACGUAGGGAUCCUAUGAAUAAGCGGCAAAUCAGUAAGAAUAGAAUAGAGAACAAUUUACACCAUAGAGACGUACCGCUAGAAUGGAAUUUACGUAUGGUGAUUCUGCCCACAGAAGGGCAUUUGGGAUCAAUAACACCAAUCGGAGCAGCCAUAUUUUGGAACCAUGAAGGAUCAAACUACAUAUCGAUUGGUAUGAAAAAUCAUAUAGUAAAUACCUACCUAAUUGAUGAAACCGAGGAGAGACCGCGACAUGUGACCAGCUUCAGAAACUUCAUCAAAGAAAAAUGGGAUUUAUGGACAGUGAUGCUUAUGGUGAUCAUGAUAUUUGCCAUUAAUGAAUAUAAAACAUAUCAGCAAUAGUGGAUGGUAUAUUCUUAGCAAAAAUCACUGUACCUCGAUAUGUAGAACUUCGCCAAGCACCAACGUCCGAUGAACUAUGAUUAGAGUACAUUAUUGUGUUAAAGUUCGAACAAGUUUUAGUCGAGAUAUCAUACAAAUAGUUAAUUCUUUUUUAACACGAGUUACUCAUUAUACAUCCUGUAAAUAAUAAAACUGCCUUCUACAUAGACAAGUAUAAAA